AUGUCUUCAAGAGGUGGUCGCGGCGGUAUGCGUGGAGGACGGGGCGGCGGCGCCGGCGGCCGCAACGAGGGUCCCAAGAAACGCGAGAGCAUCCUCAACCUCGCUCUCUACGUCGACAAGAGCAUCCGUGUCAAGUUUGCCGGCGGGCGUGAGGUCACCGGUGUGCUCAAGGGCUACGACCAGCUCAUGAACCUCGUCAUGGACGAAGUGGUGGAGAGCUACGAGAACGAUGCCCUUCCCUCGCGUAACCUCGGCCUUGUUGUGCUCCGUGGCCCCAACGUUGUCCUCAUUAGCCCCACCGAUGGCUCCGCUGAGAUCGAGAACCCCUUCGGCGCCUAA